UUAUUGAGCCGCCCCCUUUACAGUAGUAUUACGAUUAGAAAACAGCCACACGUACAUUGCUCAACGAUCGAGCUACAUCUUCUCCUUUCUCCUUCACUUCCUUUCGUCCCUGCAGCCGUGUUGACCGGGACGACGAUGAUCGAAACUAUCCCCAGAUCCACAGAAGGCAAUACAAGCGUCGAACUCGUCGUCGACCUUGUACUUGCCAAGUCAGAUCUUGAUUACUAUGUUUAUGAGCGCAAUCAAUCUUGGCACAUUGGCCUUGGCGUCCAGUCAUCCUUAGUCGUUGGCUCCACUGGGAAGUUGGCGACAUUUCAGCAAGACGAUGUUGUCCGACAAGUUCCAAUCUCGUCCACGCUUGAGCAAAUGGCACGAGAAUUUGUGGCGGACAAUGCACACGCCGGAUUCAAAGUAUUCGGAUAUGUUGGAUACAACUAUGCCUCUCAUGUUCGGGGUACAUCGUACUCUCCUGGAAGGUGGCCUUUGCUUCACUUGGUGGUACCUCGCUAUCAGAUUACUGUUGGGCCUGAUGAGAUCACGGUGCAAGGCGAGGACGACAAGGACUUCCACGAUGUCGUCCAAUCACUCAAAUCAACGCACAUCAAGAUACCGCCCAAGGACGCUGUGGCCACGGACGUCUUACAAGGAGCAGCAAGGUACACCGAGAUCGUCAACAAAGCACUCUCCAAGAUCAAAGAUCGCCAGAUCACCAAGGUUAUUGUCUCGCGCACCGUGGACCUACCAACCAGGGUUGACAUGCUGGCCGCUCUGCUCGUUGGAAGAAAGUCGAACACGCCCAAACGAAGCUUCUCUUUCAGUUACUCCGGUUAUCAAUCAACUGGAUUCAGUCCCGAGCUCGUUCUUUCCGUCGUCAAAGGAAAGGUCACAACCGAGCCAUUGGCCGGUACUCGCGCCCGCUGCGAUGACCGGGCCGAAUGCGAAAGGCUCAAAAAGGAACUCGAGAGUGACCCCAAAGAGAUCGUCGAGCACAUUGUCUCUGUCAAAGAGGCUAUUGCCGAAUUGGAACGGGUAUGCUGCCAGGGAAGCGUGGUUGUAGAAGACCUCAUGUCGGUACGGACACGAGGUAAGGUACAACACCUUGGCUCGGCGGUGGCCGGCAAGUUGCAGAGCAACAAAGAUGUCUGGGAUGCUCUGAAUGUGCUUUUCCCCUCUAUCACGGCUUCGGGUAUUCCAAAGCAAGCUGCUUUGAAGGUCAUUGGAUCUCUAGAGUCCUCUCCAAGGGAGCUCUAUUCUGGCGGAAUCAUUAUGAUGGAUCCAGCAUCCAACGAUUUUGAGGCAACUUUGGUGCUUCGUUCUGUCUUUCAAGACCAGCAUCGUCAAUGGAUCCAGGCAGGUGCUGGAGUCAUAUCCCAAUCUCAUGCUGAAAGGGAGUUUACCGAAACAUGUGAGAAGUUAGCAACAAUCGCACCCUUCCUUAGGGGUGAGUAGGUAGUUAUUCAGGGUUCACAAAUUCAACGGCCUGGUCAAAUUGCAACUUGCACCCAAUGUGACAUUUUGACACAACUGGCCGUCUCUGUGUGCAAAGCAACAGAUCCUGGUGUGACGUGUUGGAUAAUACUCUGAGUCAUAGCGGCCACGCCGUCA